AUCUUGGCUCCAAACAAAACGCAAAGUUAUGGCUCUACCUUUCUCCCAAAACUUUUCAAAACAUUUGCCUGGCUCUGAGAUGAUUAUUUAUCAUUUAUUCUAUCGCUUAUUCAUGCAUGACCAUGGCAUCCGUCCCAGAGGAGUGUUACCAUUAAAUAUGUAACGUCUCGGCUGUGUUUCUAUGGAAACAGUAUUACGCUCUUGCUCUUGUUGAUCAACAUGGAGUUUAUGGGAAGCAGUUAUGAUGGAGAUUACAAUAAUGGCAGGAUGGAGGGGUCGGGUGAAUACACACUUCCCACUCACACCAGAUAUGUCGGAGAGAUGAAAGAUGGCACGUUCCAUGGAAAAGGAGUGCUGCAUUUCCCCAAUGGAAGCAAAUAUGAGGGAACUUGGGAGAAAGGAAUUUCCAAAGAGGGAAAGUACACAUUUUCUGAUGGCCUGGAGUAUAAAGAGAUGGACUGGGAUUACUGUGAUGGCAAAGACAGGCGUUUCUACUCUGAGAGGUGUAAUGGCCUCAAACCAGCAGGAGAAUCCCAGUUAACUGAUGGGGACCCCCCGCGGACCAUCCCUGAAGGUUGCUAUGACAGUGGCGAUGGCUUUUAUGAUCCCAACACUAGAGUCGUCAAAGACUAUGAUGGCCAGUUUUCUCAGGAACGCAGCCAGCCUGUCUCGUCACCUGAUUGGUUCAGCCCCAAACCUCCCUGCUGUGGAGAAAGACCACCCCAAUGGGAGCACUUCGUCAAGCCUGGCCUGUGA